UCAUGUUUAGUGGUGUAGACCUUCAAUAGAAUAUGCAAAUGUUCAUUUAGGGUUAUUACAUUAAGUGAAGCAGAUUUGAAUGCAAACGGUUGGUCGAUGUCGCUAUCAAUUAUACAGCCUUAGUCAGAUACAAGUGAUGUUUCAUGCAACACCGUUGUAAGGACAACAGACUAACGAACAUCUAAGCCUUUCACGGCCAUUGUCAAUCUAAAUGACGCCUGAUGCCUAACAGCGCUCCUUAGUCUCUACCAGACUGACUACGUUGCCUAUCAUUUUCCAGGGAAGUUUUGCGACCAGAGGAGUUAGUCGGCCGGGAAACAUGAAUCUAAGCGACGACUGACUCACCUGGCCAAUUUUUUAACGAAUUCCACGAUCCCUGCAAACCCAUAGGAAGGCCUGUUGGAGGCUACCUAGUCCAUGUGCACUACCGCCGUGAGUACGUCACUACCUGUAAGUUUUAACUUUUAAGCAAUGGCGCAAAGCAUGCAGAUCAAGGGACGGGUCAUCAUCUACACCGUACACGGCUGUCCGAGCUGCGUGGCAGCGAAGAACAGACUGGCUCGCCUCGGUGUCCCUUAUGUGGAGGUCAAUCUGGACGACUACGAGUCACAGGAGCGGCAAACUCUCGUGAACAGGACGGGGAAGCGCAGUAUGCCACAGAUCUUUUUCAACGGUAUAUUCGUGGGCGGAUACGACGAUCUGGCGACACUGAAAAAUGAUGAGCUACAAGCGCUGGUUGACGAAGUUAUCCACUACGAUGCUCCACCUACCGCUCCAGUCGUGCCUUGCAUUGGUGCUAUUACCAUGGGUUCGUCAUUAACAGAACAUCGUGACCGUGACCAGUACGCCCCAGUGGUGGAAGACUUGGCGAGGAGCGGAUUGAUACAGACACACCGACGCGGCAUCAUGCUAUACAGGAAGACUUUCGUGGCGGAGGAAUUUGUUCAGUGGUUGUCCCUGAAUGAGAAAUAUUCUUACGAUCACCAGGAGGCCAGAGCUGUUGGAGAGGAGUUACUGCGCCGUAAGUUUAUCCGCCGUUUGACCCCAGAGGGCGACCAUCAUCAGUUCAGGGCGGACGCCAUGUUGUAUAGACUUUUGGAUGAUGAGGAAUGGGAGGCUCUGAAUGCCGGCCCAGUAUCACUCAACAUCACACGAGAAGCUGUUGAGCUUUCUAAAGCGUUGCAAGUUCUGAUGAAGAAAAUCUACGCCCAGUACAUAUCGUCUGGCGGAAAGACUGUAGACUACCUUGGGAUCGCGCGAGAUCCAAACUUCAAAAUCGUUGAGAGUGUGGCAUACGAACUGCAGAGGGCUCGACUGGAAACGUUAAGCAAAGAAGAGACGACGGCAUUCUUCAUUAAUAUCUACAACUGCAUUGUUAUCCACUGGAAUGUUAGGAUGGGAAGCCCGGGUGGACUUUUAUCUAGGGGAAAGUUCUUCUUCAAAGCGCGUUACAUUCUCGGAGGAGAGCUUUACAGUCUAGGAGACAUCGAAAAUGGAAUCUUGCGGGCAAACUCAAAGUGCUGGUACUGGCCGUUUAGACCGUUUUCAAAAGAAGACCCAAGACUGGUGUGUGCAGUCCUGGAUACAGAUCCACGAAUCCACUUUGCUCUUGUGUGUGGGGCACGAAGUUGUCCCGCCAUUUGCUGCUAUACUUCAGAGGACAUUGACACACAGCUGGACAUGGCGACAGAUGCGUACCUAGAGGGACACGACGGGUGCCAGGUGGAUGUUGAAAACAAGGUUGUCACCCUGAGCAGGAUCUUCAAGUGGUACAAAGAAGAUUUUGGGGCAUCCAAAUCACAGGUGCUCCAGUGGAUAUAUAACCACAUGGGGCAUGGUGAAAAGCGGCAACUGCUGGGUGACCUGCUGGAGGAGGGGACGUGUCAGGUCACGUACAUGAAAUACGACUGGGCAUCGAACGGGAGGAUGUAAUUACUAGUACAUAAAUGAACGGACGAAGUAAAAUAACGCAAGGUGGCCUAGCUAAAGGUUCACAAGUUAGGCACUUUUAAUGUCGACAAUCCAGUUAGCCUAAUCAAACAUUUAACAAAAACGCCCCUUCAGUUCCAGAGCGAGCUGCUAGAGGAUCCAAACCUAUAUCACUUCUUUAUUCUCUCGUCACAAAAGUAAUGUAAUGAACAUAGCUUUAUAUGAUUAAUUUGAUAAGUAUUGAUACAAACUGGUAAAAUACACAUCAAUGACCGAAUGCUGAAUACCAGAGGCUAGAAGAUCCAUUUACCGCUUCGAUAUUAUACAGAUCAG